AUGGAUCUACCCUCUGUUGGAAUGGAUUCUUCUAUAGAUAUAAAUAGUAAAUACAUUGACAAUAAAACCGAUGAAAUUAAGAUCAAUAUUGCAUCACCUGAAAAGACAUCAGAAGCAAAAGAUGAGGUUGAGGUGGUGGUGGUGGUGGUGGUGGGACCCGAGGUUGUAACUUUUGCCCUCACUUUCUUUGGAUAUGACAAAAUUGAGUUGGAAUAUUCUCCAGUUCAGAAUAAUACAGAUUUUCUGAAUUUUGAUGAUGAAGUUGACAAUGAUGUUGAAGAACCUGAUGAAGAUUUGAGUGACAUUGAAGAAAAACAUUUAAUUGAUAACUGUGGAUGGUCUUCACGUACCAAGGUUGUUGGAAAAUAUCUCCAAAAUAUGUUUAAUAAGGAAGAAGAGAAUGGAAGAAAAGCUCUUCGUAUGAAUAACCUUUUAUCUGGGAAACUCGCAAGGAGGCAUCAAGAAUGUUUUUCGAAACUUUGGUUCUUAAAACAAAUGAUUAUAUCCACGUGGAACAGAGUGAUGCGUUUGAGAACAUUGAGAUAUUGCCAUGAUCGAAGCUCCUAA